AUGCAAAAUCUACGCUCACCUCUCGUGGUCCUGCUUCUUUGGUGCUGCCUCCCUGGAGGGCAAGCUAACCGCGUCUACAUCCACCCCUUUCACCUCUUUGCUGCCGAUAAUGUCAGCUGUGAGACCCUGCAGACGCAGACUGAAAAAACCCUACAGACACUUCCGAUAGCGCCCUUGGAUAUGGAGAUCCUGACUCCAGAUGCCAGAGAUCCUGUGGAGCAGGACACCCAGAAGCAGAACAUCACACAGAGGACGGCAGUGUUGGCCGAGCUGAUGAACUCGCUGGGUUUGAGGAUGUACCAGGCGCUCAGUGUGAAGCAGCAAGGUGCCAACACGCUCCUGUCGCCUGUCAACACUUACGGAUCCCUCGUCACGUUCUAUCUGGGAGCCUCCAAGAAGACUGCUAGCUUUUUUCAGCAUCUCCUGGGUCUGAGCAGCGGCACCGACAGAGACGACUGUGUGUCCCUGGUAGAUGGACACAAGGUCCUGAAAACCCUACAUAAUAUCAACUCUCUGGUGGAUGAUGGCCCCAAAAACGAGAUCAGCACCCAAGUGUGGUUGUUCACCCUCCCGCACAUUCACCUGUCAGCAGACGUCGUCCAAGGCACCCGCGACUUCUCAGACUCAUCCUUCAUCCGCGGUGUGGACUUCUCACAGCCUGAGCUGAUCAACGCUUUUGUGGAAAAGACAUCCAAUGGGAAAGUUAAGGAUGCCUUCAAAGAUUUGGACGCCAGUUCCAACCUUCUCUUUGUUACUUUAUUCAACUUCCAAGGUAACUGGAAGACAGCCUUCCAACCAGACAAGACGUCCUUGCAGGAGUUUCAUGUGGAUGAAACCACCACAGUAAUGGCUCCUCUGAUGACCCACACAGGCCUCUACCAAUAUUUCAAUGAUAAGGUGCGGAGGUGCACAGUGGUGAAAGUGUCGUUAAGUAAGCGCUCCUACAUGUUGGUGGUGCUGCCACACGAGGGUGCAAAACUAACCGACAUCGAAGUCAAACUACGCACGAAUGUCAUGUCCUCGUGGUACCACAACCUCCAGGAAGGAUUGCUGGAGUUUUCACUACCAAAGUUCUCCUUGUCCUUUGCAAAUGACCUGCGGGAGCUUUUGAGCAACAUGGAUGCAGAAGUGGAGGCCAAGCUGUUGGGCUCGGAGGCCCAAUUCAGCCAACUAGGCAACACCAACCAGUUCACUAUUGCUAAGGCCAUUAAUAAGGUGUCAUUGGAGAUGUCCGAGGACAGCACGAUGUCCGAGCAGAACAAGACGGAGGAGGCAGGAGUUCCCUUCAAGCUUUCUGUCAACCGGCCCUUCUUGUUCUUCGUGGUGGAGAGCGAGUCAAACGCCAUCCUUACGUUGGGAAAAAUCACUAACCCGACGCUGUGA